UCAGCCUUCGUAUCGCUGGUGCAGGUGCUCCGUCUCUACGAGAGGAUGCGAACGGAGAGAAGGGGAGGGAAAGAAUGAAGGAAAGAGCAGAGGAAAAAGUGUAUAGGGCAUGAAUAUAAGGGUAUCAGAAGCAGAUCGCGCGUUCACCGUUCAGGGGGGUCGGCUAUGAAAGAUUUAUUGAAAGGCGCAGUUUGAGAUAUGAUGAGGUUUCUUUCUGGUUGGCAAUAGUACUAUGAUUUGGUAUGUGGCCACUUUGAUAGCAAGUGUUGUCAGCACCCGCGGAACGGCAGCUCAAGGUGCCCACGGAAUCAGAGAGGAGCCACAGUUUGUGACGGCGCGCGCAGGAGAGAGCGUGAUCUUGGGAUGUGACGUGGCCCACCCUCUGAACGGCCAGCCCUAUGUGGUGGAGUGGUUCAAGUUUGGAGUUCCCAUCCCCUUCUUCAUCAACUUCCGCUUCUAUCCGCCCCAUGUGGACCCGGAGUACGCUGGUAGAGCCAGCCUGUACGGAAAGUCCUCUCUGCGCAUCGAGCAGGUGCGCUCUGACGACCAGGGCUGGUACGAGUGCAAGGUCCUGAUGCUGGAGCAGCAGUACGACACCUUCCAUAACGGCAGCUGGGUGCACCUCACGGUGAACGCCCCUCCUACUUUCACGGACACCCCCCCGCAGUAUGUGGAGGCCAAGGAAGGGGGCAGUAUCACUCUGACCUGCACAGCCUUUGGGAACCCCAAACCUGUGGUGAGCUGGCUGAGAGAGGGUGAACUCCUGGGGAACGGCAGGAAGUACAAGGUGAGUGAUGGGAGUCUGACAGUGAUGUCAGUCAGCCGGGAGGACAGAGGGGCUUACACCUGCCGGGCGUACAGUGUCCAGGGAGAGGCUGUCCACACCACACGCCUGCUUGUCCAAGGACCACCAUUUAUUGUGUCACCGCCGGAGAACAUUACAGUAAACAUAUCCCAGGAUGCAUUCUUCACCUGCCAAGCUGAGGCGUACCCUGGCAACCUGACAUACACCUGGUUCUGGGAGGAAGAUAAUGUCUUCUUCAAGAAUGAUCUGAAGCGCAGAGUAAGCAUUUUGAUUGACGGGUCGCUCAUCAUCUCCCAAGUGAAACCAGAGGAUGCUGGGAAAUAUACCUGUAGCCCCAGUAACAGCCUUGGCCGCCCGCCGUCUGCUUCAGCAUACCUGACGGUGCAAUAUCCUGCGCGAGUCAUAAACAUGCCACCAGUUAUCUACGUGGCCAUUGGCCUGCCAGGAUUCAUCCGGUGCCCCGUGGAUGCCAACCCGCCCGUGACGAUGGUCAAGUGGAGGAAAGAUGGCCUCCCUCUGAGAGUGGAGAAGUACCCCGGCUGGAGCCAGAUGGAGGACGGGAGCAUUCGCGUGGCGGAGGUGACAGAGGAUUCUCUCGGCACCUACACCUGUGUGCCUUACAACGCCCUAGGUACCAUGGGACAAUCCCCCCCGGCCCCCCUGGUGCUAAAGGAUCCCCCUAAAUUCUCGGUGGUACCGGGAGGAGAAUACCGGCAGGAGGCGGGGAGAGAGCUGGUCAUCCCCUGUGAGGCGGAGGGAGACCCCUUCCCAAACAUCACGUGGAGAAAGGUAGGAAAGCCCAGCAGGAGCAAGCACAACGUCCUACCGAGAGGCAGCUUACAGUUCAAAUCCCUCAGCAAGGAGGACCACGGGGAGUGGGAAUGUGUCGCAACCAACGUGGCCACAAGCAUCACUGCCAGCACGCACCUCCUUGUGAUAGGCACAAGCCCACACGCCCCAACCAACGUCCACGUUUCGGCCUCGACGACCUCGGCAAAUGUCUCCUGGGAGCCCGGAUACGACGGCGGAUACGAACAGACAUUCUCAGUCUGGGUGAAGAGGGCUCAGCUCGGGCCCCACGACUGGCUCUCCAUGCCGGCGCCCGGCACUCAGAGCUGGCUGCUGGUGCAGGGCCUGGAGCCCGAGACGGCCUACCAGUUCAGCGUCCUGGCACAAAACAAGCUUGGCACAGGUCCCUUCAGUGAGGUCGUCACUGUGAAUACGCUAGUAUUUCCUAUAAGUACCCCUGAACCAUUGGUGCUGCUUACCCCACCGAGGUGCCUCACAGCCAAUCGGACACAGCAGGGAGUCCUAUUGACAUGGAUCCCUCCGGCCAAUCACACGUCGCCAAUCGACCACUACAUCAUGGAGUUCCGCCUGGGGGAGAGGUGGGACGUCCUGGACGAUGGCAUCGCGGCGGGGGAGACCGAGCUGCUGGCCAGAGACCUGGUCCAGGACUCUUGGUACGAGUUUCGUGUAAUGGCCGUGAUGGAGGACCUGACAAGUGAGCCCAGCAACAUAGUGGGAGUUUCAAGUACAGAUUUCUUCCCUCCCCCUGACGUAGUGGACGAGGGUCUGGCCCGGCCCGUGGUGGCGGGCAUCGUGGCCACCAUCUGCUUCCUGGCGGCGGCCAUCCUGUUCAGCACGCUGGCCGCCUGCUUCGUCAACAAGCAGCGCCGCCGCAAGCUGAAGAGAAGGCGAGAUCCCCCUCUUUCGAUCACGCACUGCAGAAAAAGCGUCGAGACUCCGCUGUCCUCUGGGAAGGUGAGCCCCGAGAGCGUCCGCUCCCUCGGACCGCCGUCCGAGUCUUCGGACGACGGGCGGGGCCUGCGUGUGAAGAAGGUUCCUCAGAGCCCCGGCAAGGAGAAGGAGCUGUCUCUCUACAAGAAGACCAAGAGGGCCAUAAUCAGCAAGAAGUACAGCGUGUCCAAGCACGAGGCGGAGGCCACCACGCCCAUCGAGCUGAUCAGCCGCGGCCCGGAUGGCCGCUUCGUCAUGGACCCCAGCGACAUGGACACCUCCGUGAAGCUGCGGCGCAUCGAGGGCUUCCCCUUUGUGGAGGAGUCGGACCUGUACCCGGAGUUUCGUCAGUCGGACGAGGAGAAUGAUGACCCAGGGCCCAUGCCCCCUGUAAUGGCUACGCUCAGGCCCCACCAGAUCUCCCCCAUUUCCUCCAGCCAGGAGUCCUACAUGCAGCCCCCGGCCUACAGCCCCCGCUUCCACCGGCCCAUGGAAGGUAUGACCUUCAUGGAGAGCAGUCGGAUUCAGGCUACGGGGCAAAUCAGAGCCCCGCCGCACCACAGGGUUUAUACCCACAGCCAGUACUAUGGCUACCUUGGCAGUCCCGGGGAUCUGGACCCCCUGCCUCCCUUCUACAUGCCCGAAACCAGCCCGCUAAGCUCUGUCAUGUCCUCGCCCCCGUAUCUUCCCUCCGAGGGGCCCUUUGGUCACCCUACCAUCCCAGAAGAGAUCGGGGAAGGGGACAUCCAGCACUACGCUUCCUCCGGCAGCUCCCUCCCCUUGACGCACGUUCCUUCCUCCCACUCUCCGGACAUCUGGCAGCACCCCGAUUUUGCUUUCUCCAGUCUGGAGGGGCCCCACUUCAUCCUCCCGCCUCAUCACCCUUUGUAUCUUCACCGAGACCCUACCCUGCCCCCUCCCCACCUCCUCCCCCCCAGCAGCCUCCAGGCCUCAUCCCUCCAGGUCACCUCUUACCCUGGCAUCCUGCCAUUGGAGGCCCCAAAGAGCCGCCCGGGCAAGUCUCCCAGCAAGGUUAAGCCUCAGGGCCCUCCAGCCAAGCGUUUAACUAUGCAAGGGGCACAGAGUUUAGGGCAGCUAAGACACACGAGCCACGGUAUGGGUGUGCCGGUAUUGCCUUACCCCGACCCGGCAGCCUACAUUGGCAGCCCAAGCACACUCGGCAGCCUGGACGCGCGCUGGUACGACCCUGGGCCCCGGCUCAGCCCCAGGGCCGCCCGCAGAAUGGAGCCCAGCAUGCACCAGGUGGUCCUCCAGCCGUCGCGACUCUCCCCGCUGACCCAGAGCCCCCUGAGCUCCCACGAGGGCUCCCCCGAGAUUGUAGUCCGGCCCCGGCCCCGCCCUGGCGUCAUCCAGCCCUCCAUACCCCCGGAGAUGUCCGAGAUCACCCUGCAGCCCCCGACUGCGGCCAGCUUCUCCCGGAGGUCGUCUCCCUCCUCCUCGCCUGCCCAGGGCCAGGGUAGCAGGCGAGCGAGCCCCAGCUACCGUUCCCAUAUGGCCUUUGCCACCACCGCCACAAGCUACCCGUCUCAGUCCCCCUCGCCCCCCAUGGAAAGCAGCGACGUUUUUGGGCAGAUGCCAUCCCAGAGGAGGACAGACGAGGAGAUGCUUCCAUCAGAGCCCUCUCCACCUCAGUUGUCAGCUUCUGGAAAACGUCUAGGUGCAUCGAGUGCCACUGCAGGGUCUGAGAGGAUUGACGCACUGAGAUAUCAACGCAUAAAAAAAGCCAAGAAGGUUGUCAUCAACAACAACAAUUCUAAAUCUAGAAGAAAAACAGGUGUGGUCACCUCUCAGACCCAGCAACUCCACGCCUCUCAGGUCCUCCAGCCCGAAGAAGCUCUCUACCUCCGCAAGAAGAAGAAAAGGCCGGCCAGACAGGACCCCUACGCCCGCUUCUCCGCCCUGCUGUACCGCCGUCCCCCGCGAGAGGACCAGAAGGCCAUUCUGGCCAGCAUGGAUACAGGGGACCCAGACCACGCCACGCUACUCUGA